AACCCCGAUGACUACCGAAAGAUCUCCUGUUGCACAACCGCCAAGGAGAUGUGGGACAAGCUUGAAGUGACGUACGAAGGUACCGAUCAAGUUCGCGAAGCCAAGAUCGACUUUCUCACCCAAGAGUACGAAAUGUUCCGGAUGAAAGAAGGUGAGAAAAUUGAUGACAUGUUCGACCGGUUCUCAAAGAUCAUCAACGAUCUUCAUGCUCUCAAAAAGACCUACACCAACAAGGAUCUUGUGAGGAAAAUCCUGCGGAGUCUCACACCCGAAUGGAGGUCAAAAGCCGAUGCAAUCUACGAAUCCAUCGGAGUCUCCAACGUCACCAUCGACGGGCUAAGAGGUAAUCUUAAAACCUAUGAAUCUACUAUUCUAACCCCGUCUUUGGAUGAACAAAAGAAAAAGGGGAUAGCUCUCAAAGCCACCAAGGAACCGGUGGAAGAGGCUUCAAGCGAUGACGACAAUGAAUUCGGGCUCGUCAUCAAAAAGUUCCACAAGUUCAUGAAGAAGGAAUUUGAGCGAAAGGGAAGGAAGCACGACGGUCCUCCCAAAUGCUACGGCUAUGGCGAGAUUGGCCACAUCAAGCCAAGGUGUCCAAAGGCCAAACACGGCAAGGACAAGCCUGGCUUCAAGAAGCAAAGGGCCUACAUCUCUUGGGGUGGCGAUUCCGGCGACGAAUCAACCGACCAAGAGGAGGACGAAGCUGCAAAUCUCUGCCUCAUGGCACAGGAAGAUCAAAGCGACGACGUCCAAGAGGACAAGAGCAGGGCCGCCACCUCCGGGAAAUCAAAGUCCAAAUCCCGGGCGCCUACGUCAUCAUCCGAGGAGCGUCUCUACUACAGUGACGGGUCAUACCUUUGGUUUGAUUCCGAGGAGGAGCGCACCCGUUUCCUCACCUUUUUCUCUAAAAGGGUUGUGGCUCCCCCACGGAUCAUCCCAGAGCGCUACCCGGAGCUGCAGGGCUACGACGACCUUGACGCACAGCUUCAUCAAGCCGGCCUUUGGCCGUUCGUCUCUCGGGCGCGCAAGGAGAUCAACCCGGCACUGAUCCGGGCCUUCUACUCCAACCUCCGACGUGAGGACGACGUGCUCUACUCGCUUGUCAAGAGCACGCCGAUUGAGCUCACCGUGGAGCAGCUUGGGCGCAUCGUCGGCCUCCCCUUCCAAGGCGACGAUGUGUCUCACUAUGGCGGAGAGAACUGGGUUCUCAACAACGAGGGCCUUAUCCUCAACGAGCUUGGCAUCACCAAGCUCAUCUGCCAUGCCUCGGGCCGCCCCACCAUCCACUCCGCUAACCCCGAUGGCCGUCUUCUUCUUUACAUUGUCUCCCGGAUCAUCAAACCCAGAAAGCACGGCCACACCAUCAUGUCCGGUGAAGAUCUCAAGCUCAUCCAUGCGAUCAUGCACUCGGGCCCAAUCAAUUGGGCAAAGUUUGUCAUGAUCAACAUGACGAUUGCCGCGUCCACCGACCACGACCACCUCCUCCCGUAUCCGUUCGUGGUGAUGGACAUCCUUGAACGGUUCAAGGUGACCACCACCGUUGGCCCACUCACAAAGGCCACGAAGAUUUGGGUGGUCAGCACCCAAACCUUCAAGAAGUGGUCGGACAACGCCGGACCUGCCACUGCCGUGCAACGGCGCCGCUCUACUGCUGGCCCAGCCGAAGCCCAGGCCCGGGCCAACCUUGCCUCCAUCGCCGACUCCCUCAACCGGCUUCACUUCAAAGUUGACGAGAUGGAUGGCUACCUUGAGCGGCUCGACGAGGCUGUUCAACGCCAAGGGCACGCCAUGAACGCAUACUUCCAACGUGUUAACUACGUCCCCCCACCGUACCAUGGCACGUUCUUUGGGCAAGUGUACGGUGACGAGGACGAAGAGGAUGGCUCCUACGCCCCGUCAAGCUCCCCGGACGAGGACGAGUUCGACGACACCGUUGACGGUGAUGAGAUGGACGUCGACGACGAGGAGGAGGAAACCGAAGACGAAGACUAGGCCGCCCCUAGAAUUUCUAUCUCUUUUGUUUUAAUUAUCCUGUCUCUUAAUGCUUCCGUUGUACUCCGCUAUUUCCCAUCUUCAAUAAAUAAAAAUAAUCUUUUAUCUUUUUGUUAAUGUCAAAAGGGGGAAGAAAAGGGCUAUGCAUAU